GCGUGGGCGGAAGUGAGUCGGUGAAGUCUGAUUUCUGUGUGUUUAUUUACUGAAUUUGACGUGAAGUGAAGUCGCAGUAAUUCACAGCUGAGAAGUGUUUGCACAGAUGACACACCUGACGCUGCUGACAGGCUGCAGGACUGGGAGUUGCAGAGCUGCGACAUGUGAGGCAGAGCUGCGCUCCCCCCUCCUCACGUCUCUGCUCCUUACGUAAGAGGCCCCUCCCCCUGCCUGCGUCUCCUCGUGGUGGGUGAGCUCCUCACCUGGUGUCCUCCUGCAUCUCGGCGCUCUCAUGUGAUCCCUGCCGUGGUCCUGACACCCCCUGCCUCGGGCAUGCCUCAGCCGGGCAUGAAUGGGAUGGAGCCUGCGUUUGGCGAGGCCUUCGGGGGGCACAGGGGGCUGCGGAGUCCCUGUCCGCCGGCGCUGUCGCCCCAGGAGGGAAGGACCGAGUACGACCAGACGGUGCUCCUCAUGCUGGGCUCCCCCGCGUCGCCGCGGAAACGCCCGUUUGAGCUGCUGAGCGACCUGGUGGACGAUGGGGGCUUUGGGGAGGACCAGCACCCGGAGCGCUGGGAUGUUUCUGCACUGGACGAAAUGACUCGCUACACCAAGCUGGGCCUCGGGGGGGUUGGGGAGCCGUUGGCCUGCUCUGAGGAGGGGGUCCUCAUGGGAUGCUGGGGACGGAACCAGGAGGAGGAGGAGGAGAGGAGGACGAAGAGCAAACGCCCGGCGCCUCCUGUUGCCCUGGAGGUCCAGGCGGCUGCUGAGGGGAAGGAGGAGCAGUGCGCCUCUGUUCCCACAGCAGCCCCAGGGGGGCUGUGUGCUGCUGGGGGAGGACAGGAUGCCGGGAUGUUAAGGGAGCGCACGGUGGAGGUGUACCAGGUCGGGCAAGAGGAAGAGGAGGUGACGACCGGGUUAGCUCUGGAGCACUGCAGUGAGGAGCACAACUACUCCCUCAGUCAGGGGGGGCAGCUGGUGGCAGGGCCUGAGGAGAAGGAGGACCAGGAGGUGCAGGGCAGUGAGGAGAGCUCGACGAUCCUAGAGCUAAAGGGGGACGAGGACGAAGAAGAGGAGGAGGAGGAGGUGGAGGAGGAGACCACAGCCGAGUUCUCCAGCUCCUCAGAGUCAGAAUGUGAGGUGGAAGCAGAGCCGACCGCUCCACCAGGCCAACGCCCGUCCAAGCGCCGCUGCUUCUGGGAGUACAGACGCACUCGGGAGUCGGCCCCAAAGAAGAAAGUGGGCGGCGACGUCCACUGGUCUCUGUCCUGGAGCGCCAGCACUCUGCCCAGUACUCUGUACCGCCGGGAGGGGAAAAAAGGACGACGCAAAGCUCGCAAAACCGACGCCAGCGACCUAACCCCCAACCCCCAGAAGCUUCACAGCAUUGGCGAGCAGCUGCAGAAGCUCAACGCCGCCAUCGACGGCAUGGGACCGGUCAACGACCUGCCCGCCGUGGCCCGGGCCCGCUCCCGCAAGGAGAAGAACAAGCUGGCCUCCAGGGCCUGCCGGCUGAAGAAGAAGGCCCAGCAUGAAGCCAACAAGAUUAAGCUGUGGGGGCUCAACCAGGAGUACGAGAACCUGUUGGCAUCUCUGCUGCGCAUCAAGGAGGUGAUCAGGAGGCGCGUGGAGAGCAGCGAGGAGGAGGAGCCAGACGACCGCGGGAUGACCCGGCGCCUGGAGGACAUCCUGAAGGAGUCCAGCGGUCCGUUGGUCGCCGGUCGGACCAAAGACUUCGUGCAGAGAAUUCUGGCGGCCAACAGUCAGAACCAGCUGGGGGGCCACCAGCAGGAGGGGGAGAAGGCAGCGGGGUGAACGCUGUGCUGCCCCGUCUGCCCCCACCCCCAUUGGAGAUGAACAAGAGGCGGGGGCAUCCUGAGGCUGUUGCACUGCAGCAUGUCGUUCCCCCCCCCCCCCCCCCCCCCCCCCCCC